CUUUCGCCAAGCUCCGUCGUCACUUGUCUGCCGGGGCAGCAGAACACCGUACACGGCCUCCGGUCCUCAGCUCCUGCGGUCCUCCUCCAACUCCUCCUCCGCCUUUUGUUACAAGCAGCACCCGGCGGGGGACCCAUAAGACAUCGCCGCGUUCAUGUAAUUUGCACCUUGGGCUGGAAAAUGAUCAUCUGCACGAAUAAAAUGGAGUAUCCUCUCAGAAGCCAGUGCCAGAGAGUCCAGAAACAGGCGAUGGUGAGCAAGGAAAAGGAGCGCGCCUCGCUGGUGCUGAUGAAGUCGGCGCUAGGCCGCGGCAGCGUGGACGCCGUGUCGCAGCAGAUGGCUUCGCACCCGCAGUACCUGGAGAGCUUCUUGCGAGCGCAGCACUACAUCUUGCACAUGGACGGACCUCUGCCACUGCCCUGUCGCCAUUACAUCGCCAUCAUGGCGGCGGCGCGCCACCACUGCAACUAUCUGGUCUACCUGCACUCGGCUCAGUUCCUGAGGCUGGGCGGUGACCCCCUGUGGCUGCAGGGCUUGGAGGCAGCGCCUCCACGUCUGCGCCUGCUCGACCACAUCAACAAAGUGCUGGCUCACCAGCCCUGGCUUGCCGCCUGCUCACACAUCAAGACGCUGCUGAAGUGCGGCGAGUCGUGCUGGUCUCUGGCCGAGCUAGUUCAGGCUGUGGUGAUUCUGGCCCACUGCCACUCGCUGUGCAGCUUCGUAUUUGGCUCCAACGCCGAUUCGGGCCACCCGGCGCCUCCGAGCAAGUCCCCCAACGGCACUCCACCCACCUUAUGCGCCUUUGACGCUGCGAACGGCAACCCCAACGGGCCUCUGUGUCUUGACAACGCCGCCGAGCAAAUCACGCGAAGAUGGUCUGUGGACUCGAGUAGUGACAUGUUGUGUCUGAGAGAGAGGAUCCACAGAGCCCAGGAGGAGCGAGACAAGCGAGAAGAGCGGAUGCUGCACGCCCAGACACUACAGCAAGCCGAUGUUGAAGAAGACGACGAAAUGAUGUGCCUCGCGGACCCGUCGCGCUUUGUCACAGACCCCGAUUUUGAUUACCAGGAUUUCGCCCGCAGGGACGAAGACCACUUCCAAGUAUUUCGAGUUCAGGACUACUCGUGGGAGGACCACGGCUUCUCGCUGGCCAACCGCUUGUACUCCGACAUCGGCCACCUCUUGGACGAGCGCUUUCGAAGCGUCACCGCCGUGACGUCGCCGCACGGGCCCGAGUUGAAGAGGGCCGUCUGGAACUACAUCCACUGCAUGUUGGGAAUUCGGUACGACGAUUACGACUACGGGGAAGUGGACCGGCUCCUGGAGCGAGAUUUGAAGGUGUACAUCAAGGCUGUUGCGUGUUUCCCUGACCCCAGCAGAAGUUCGGCGCGUCCACUGGGCUGGGCUCCUCUUAAAACAUCAGAGAGGAUCCAUGUGAAUUUACUCAUCAUGGAGGCGCGUCUGCAGGCGGAGCUCCUCUACGCCCUAAGAGCCAUCACUCAGUACAUGGUCGCCUGAGCGCUUCCCGCCAGCGCCUGCUCCAUUUUUUUUUCCCUCUUUCUCCACCGAGGUAUGCCAGCCAGCCAAAAAGUGAGCGAGCGACAAGCUCACUGAUGGCGGGACAAAUCUGUGGCCAUAUUAGGCGCACUUGUGCUUUUUUUUUUCCUUCUUCCAGAUGUGCCACACCCCCUCCUCAUCACCACUAUGUGCAAUCCCAUUAAGACUUCAGACCACAUUCACAAAAAAGUAUUUAGCUUGUGGGGGACAUUUCAGGAUGAAAAUACACAACUGUUGCAGGUCAACUUCGUUUGACCUUCCGUAAACUGAAUACACAGAAAUUAUUUGUAGAUUUUUAUUUUUGAAUCUACUUAGCGCUUUUUU